UCCGCCGCUCUCGCGGAGAACUAGUUUGCGCAUUUUUUCCGCCGGCUGUUGUGUCUGCGUGCUGGAGGAACGGGUGCGUAGCCGCAGCGCGUAGCGAGGAUCCACGCACGCGGCCGGUAGAAGAGAGUGGUAACGACGGCCGAACCGGAUCGGGCUGAAUCGGAUUAAUGUGACAAAUUUGCGUCGCGGGGAAAGCGCAGUGAGUGGAGCGCGUCGCAGUGACUGCUCCUCGCGGACGGUCGGCAAAAUUAGCGGAACGCAUCGACGUCAAAGGAGCACCGUCCACGAACAUCGUCGGGAUUUGAUUUCUCGAGGGGAUUUCUCCGAUCGGUGGAAUUCCGCCGCGAAUGAUCAUCAAACCGCAAAUUGUCGGGCGAAGGACGCUGCUCGCCGCAAGAAAUGCCCGUAAUUUCUGGACGAAAAUCCUCCGCGGCAAAAAUAAGCCUCUGGCGUCGGAGGUCUUAACGAGCUACCUAUUGCAAAGCGGCGAGCCCCCCUGGACCUCGUACUUCGUCCGCUACGUCGACGUGGCGAACGAUCAGCGCGGAAUGUCACACUUCAAUUGGCCCGCGGGCGACAGCAAUUACCACGUGCUUAGGACCGGCUGUUUCCCGUACAUCAAGUACCACUGCAGCAAGCGGCCGGCGCAGGAUCUCAGCGGCGAGGACAGAUUCUUCAAGGCGAUCAAGAUAUUGAACCUUGCAAUGCUGCUUCGCCCGCUCUGUCCGACUCGCCCCCUCCCCGCUCAGCCCUGUUUGUUGGGCCCACCAGGUAUUCCCACCCUGAUGUACGGACUGGCGGCCACGCAGCUCAUCCGACACCGCGAGAUCGUGAGGACGCCUCGGGGCGACGUGACGAUCUACUUCUUGCUACCGGAGGACAAAGGCUCGCAAUACUGAGGCCCGAUUUACACCGACGCUAAUUCGUAUCGAGGCCUCUCGUCACGGCCCUACUCCGAGGACGAUGUCAACGGCGGCGGAUGCUCGUUACAUCCCCCUUUCAUCCCCUCGUCGUGUCGACGUCCCGGCUGGCUUGUCGGGCGCGAGGGAAGUACGAAGACGGGAUGGGAUUAAGCGAGGUGGCGCAAAAAGUCCCAGCGCCGUCGUGAACGCACAUAUCUGCACGGAGAGGAUGCGGACGCUAAUUUCCUCAACUAACAAAAUGGAGAACUACGAGAUUACGCUUGUGUGCGCGUGUGUUGCCGCAUUGAGCUGUUCUUAAAAUAAUACGUAAUUCAGUGUAAGUAUGAAUGGUGUCCGUUCAGUGUCGUCGCGAACGAUGUCAGCGAGAUGUUAAUAAACACAUUUACACCUCGGAAAACAAGCAAUCCCAUUCUUCUCUCUCAUCCCAGACGGAACAUUCGUGUUUUAUCGCGGUAUUAAUACAAGAGUUAUAUCGCUCGCUGAUUCCUCGUGAAACUCGAGAACUGAUUGGGAACUGAUUCAUUCACAGAGCCCGGAGGAUGUAUUUCUAUUUCUUUUUAGAGGCAACGAUGUAUUGUAAUUAUAGCUUGCAGCAAUCCAGUCGACGUAAUAAAGUGUCAACUUCGA